UUUAAGGAUUGGUGGGAUGCUCAAAUACACGUACGAGGUUUCCCAAUUUGGUUAGGAUAUAUUCCCAAGGUGAUGUUGGCCGUUGUAAUCACCUUAAUGGAUGAGGCUUAUUUCAAAAUCGCCUUAUGGUUAAACGAUAAAGAGAAUUACCGUCUUGAAACCAAGUAUGAGAAUCACCUGAUCGGAAAAGUGGCUUUGUUUCAAUUCAUCAACUCGUUCAUGUCCCUCUUCUACAUCGCUUUUUAUCUACAAGAUCAAGCAAGAUUGAAAGAGCAACUUGCCGCUUUAUUAAUUUCACGACAAGUAAUCGGUAAUUUAAAAGAAUCUGCUUUACCAUACAUGUUGGAACAUUUAAAAUUGGCCAAAAUGAGUUUCGAUCUUUGGGGCGCGUUAAGUCCAACGAGUUCAUCCAGACCACCUCCGGGUGAAGUGCAAGAACCGGAAUCUGAUAGUCACAAAGACGGUGAUACACCAGAAGGGGUUACAAGUAAACGAAGUAUGAGUCAAGCUGAGUUAGAAAGUUCUUUGUUUAAGUAUGAUGGAACAUUUUCUGAACAUCUCGAAAUGACGAUGCAAUUAGGAUACGUUAUUUUAUUUUCAUCUGCGUUUCCACCGGCUGCUUUAUGCGCAAUGUUUAAUAAUUUUAUUGAGAUAAGAAGCGAUGCUUUUAAAUUGGCUUAUGUUUGUCAGAGGCCGUUUGGACAACGUGUACCAAAUAUUGGAACUUGGCAACAUUGUAUGGAAUACAUGAGUAUAAUGGCAGUUUUAGUAAAUUGUGCAUUAAUAGGCCUCUCAGGCCAAGUACAUCGAAUGUUCCCCGAUAUGACAGCAACACAAACAAUCCUUUUAAUCGUAGCUCUAGAACACAUAAUGCUAUGUAUUCGAUUUAUAAUAACCUGCGCGAUUCCUGAUAUUCCGGGUUGGUUGGCAACGGAAAUGGCCAAAAUUGAAUGGGCUCGACGUGAAGCGAGCCGAGUUGGAGCUACCGGAACUCCGUCUCCCGAUGAAAUCUUACCGACAUCGAAAACAAUCGGGAGAUUUUCCGUUUCGCCCAGUCAUAGUUUAGUGACGAAUAACGACGGGGCGAAUAAAAAAGAUUCGAAAGAAGACAAAUUGGAUAAAUUAGAGAAACCAUCUAGUAAAGAAGGCAGCAACGAAAUUCUAAAAACAUCGACUAGCGUUACACCGGUUUCAACACCAACUACUCCUCAUUCAUUUAAUUCGCAUCACAAACCCGUUUCAAUCACCCCAGAUAGUAUUCAAGCUAUCCCACCGUUUAAACCGAGAAAAUCAAAAGAAUGGACUGAAGAAGGUGGAUAUCAUCUUACGAUUGGCCCAACCGGUGGAGCCGAAUGGUCGAGGAGAUUAAAAGAAGAAGAUAUUCAUCGAAGUAGCGAUUGCAUAGCGAGCAAAGAUUCAUCGAGUUCAGAUUCUGAUUUAUUAAAAAAUAGUCCUAUUUGGCCACCACGACCUCGAACACCACCAGGUAAUAGUAACGUGCUUAUUCCAAAAACUAGUCCAACCCCAAUCGAUGCUUCAUUAAGUGAUAGUGCGAAAAGUAUUUCCAGUCAAGAAGCUGAUGAACAAGCAAAAGCUGAAGAAUUAGCAGCAAAGAAAACACGCGUAAAACAAAGCCUGAUGAAAAGAGCGCGAUCGGUGGCUAUUUUCUCAUUGAAAUUAAAAGAACGGAGAGCACGGGAGGCGGCAGAAAAAGCGAGUAAAUUGGCGGUUACACCAACUGCCCCACUUCCUCCUCCACAAUGUGGUGGUGGAGAAUUAAAUUUAAUACCAAUCGAAAAAUUGAUUCAGUUGGAAGAUUUAAGAAAAAAUCCACCUCAACGAAACAGUCAAAGUGGUACAUUGUAGCAAUUUAUUUGGCGUUAAUUACAAUCGGAUUAAAAAUCCGAUAGAAACGGCACAGGAUAAAAGUGUAAGAGUAAUAUUAAAAUAUACCAUAAACAUUUUACAUAUAGUGAGGAGCAUCGAAAAAAAACAUAAUAAGGAGUAUGAUAAGGUACUAAAUAAUAAAAAAGACUAGAUUCAAUAGAACUUAACAAGAGAGAGAAAUAGAUGGUAAAAACAGGAAAGCAUGUAGGUGUAACAUUUUAGGCGGGGGUUUCCCGAAAACUCCUUAGGAAUUACAACAAAACAUACAAAUUAAACAAGGUAAAUUUAGGGUCUUUAAUAUACAGAGUGAUAAUAUAUAUGGUUUACGCUCAAAUCGAUAAGAAUUUAAUUUUGCGUACAAAUAUGUUUCUUUUUAUUAUUAUUUCUUUAGCUUUAACGCAACUAUUCCGGCCUGUAGGUGAUAUUAUUUUAUAAGAUGCUAAAAAUAGAAAAACAAUAUUUUGCUAGCUUUAAAA